GACCUACGCAGAGCCGAUCACGUGACUCAGCUUUACAGGUUCACACUUCUCAGUCAGUCCACAGCUGAUCAUCUUAAAGACGUCUCUCUGAUUGAAGGCUGAACUUUCUGCUGUUGCCAUAGAAACAGCCGUGAGCAUGAGCAGGUUGUGGAGGGAAACUUUGGGUUUCCUGUUGCUCUGGGCCUGUCUGGACUCUGCACACUCAAGGAGCUGCUCGUCGUUUUUCUGCCGAAAAUCUCACCGUGUCAGCGGCCUGAAUGGAGUCGACCCCGGGUCUCCUCUCUUUCUCACUCCUUACCUGGAGAAGGGCGCCAUAGAUGAAGCCAAGAAACUGAGUCUGGUAGGAGAUCUGCCAGGUGCCAACGUCAAGAGUUAUGCCGGGUACCUCACUGUCAACAAAAAAUACAACAGCAACCUCUUCUUUUGGUUCUUCCCUGCACUGAUGGAAAGCCAAGAUAAAGCUCCAGUCCUGCUCUGGCUGCAAGGCGGGCCCGGUGGCACCUCCAUGUUCGGCCUCUUUGUGGAACAUGGACCAUAUGUGGUGUAUAAGAACUUGUCUGUUGGUUUUAGGGAUUACGCUUGGACAUCGAGAUAUUCAGUUUUGUACAUUGACAAUCCUGUUGGAACAGGUUUCAGCUUCACUGAUGAUGACAGAGGUUUUGCUCAGAACCAGGAUGAUGUUGGCAGAGAUCUGUACAGUGCUUUAACACAGUUCUUCCAGAUCUUUCCGGAGUAUCAGUCCAAUGAGUUCUAUGCAACUGGGGAGUCUUAUGCAGGGAAGUAUGUUCCUGCUAUUUCUUACUACAUCCAUAAAAACAACCCAACUGCCAAAGUGAAAAUUAACCUCAUGGGGAUGGCUAUUGGUGAUGGGCUCUGUGAUCCAGAAAUGAUGCUGGGUGGUUACGGUGAGUUCAUGUACCAAACAGGCAUGAUAGAUGAGCUCCAAAGGCAGUAUGUCGUCCAGCAGACAGACUUAGGGGUUAAACUGAUCCACCAGCAGAAGUGGGUGGAGGCUUUUCAGGUUUUUGAUAGCUUGCUGAACGGUGACUUGGACCCAUAUCCCUCCUUCUUCCAAAAUGCUACAGGCUGUACUAACUACUUCAACUACAUGACAUGUCAGGAGCCUGAAGACCAGGAGUACUUCUCCCAGUUUGUGACUCUGCCAGCGGUGCGACGCGCCAUCCAUGUGGGAAACCUGACGUUCCACGACGGCUCGGAGGUGGAGAAGCACCUUCUGCAGGAUGUCAUGAAGAGCAUCAAACCGUGGCUGGGGGUGCUGAUGGACAACUAUAGAGUCUUAAUCUACAGCGGUCAGCUGGAUGUCAUUGUAGCAGCCCCGCUGACUGAGAGGUUCCUGCCUACUGUCAACUGGACCGGGGCUGCUGAGUACAAAACAGCCCCUCGCUUCCACUGGAAGGUUCAGCCCAGCGACACAGAGGUGUCAGGUUACGUGAAACAAGUGGGGGAGUUUUACCAGAUCAUCAUCCGAGGGGGAGGACACAUUCUGCCUUACGACCAACCAGCGAGGUCCUUUGACAUGAUUGACAGAUUCCUUUCAACACGGGGCUGGAUAUGAAAUGUUUCGGUGCUGACCAAAGCACCUCCACUUUAGAGUGCAUAUUGAUGAUUACUGACUGUUAAUUUUAAAGACUGUUGAUUGUCUCAGGCAAUUUAAAUCAGCACAUUGUUGGAUUUGUACACAAGUUUGCAGCAGAUUAUUAUUAUUUUUUUUUUCAUUUUAACAGAGGUGACAUUUGGUUUAGGAUUUUGGAUUGCUCUCUGAUGCACUGCAAAUGAAAUAAGUUCUCUUAGCCUGGAUCCAGACCUCUGAAUCGCUGCCCACAUUUCAGACUCUUUUCAGCGACUCAAAUAGUAAAAAUUAAGUGAAAACGAAAUGGCAAUUAUCAGAUUAUCAGACCUGAGUUCUAUGAAAAUCAUUUCAUGUUUAAUUUUGUUGGGAUUGUGUGAGGGAAUAUCUAGUUUAUGUUGCAUUCAAUCACUACACGCUUGAAGAUGAAAUGUAAAGAAUGAACCUUGAAACCAGAGCUGAAAUAAAGUGUUUUUUUCUAAA